CUUCUAAACGCCAAUUCUUCUCUCAUCCUGCUUGUCAUGCAGAUCAUACUGUAGUUGUAUUUAAGAUCACGUGACGGCAUCGUUCCCUUUCCCGCGACUCCAUCGCAUCGCGAGAGACCCCGACAACCCUUCCCAGUUGGGCUCAUUAGCCAACGAUCCCUUUCAAUAGUCACGCCUCUUUGCUUCAGCCGCAUAGCUAGCGGUAUUGGGGUGUUUGGCAUAUUCCUCAAUCGGGUUGCGGAGGGAAGAUCACAAAACCACUGUUCAUCAUGCCACCUACUUUCAGAUCUUCACGCUCGGGUCGUCAAUUCGGCGAUGGCGCCAACCGCACUAGAACCGGCCAGAUCGACCACGACGUCUUCGAAGGACUUCCGGUCCGACGAUGGACGCGCCAGCUACAGACCGUUUCCCAAACCCCCAAGCUGGACGGACAGGAAUCAUUUGUAGAAGGCCCCGGCGGAAAGCAAACGAUUCCAGAACACCCAAUGCCCAAAGACAGCCAUCUAUUAACCCCGAUGAGUAGAGCGCUCCUUCGUGCGGCCCGUGCGGGGUGCAUAUAUAUUCGCAAAGCCACAAAAGAUACAGAGGACGAAGAAAAGGAGGUUACAGAUGUGGAAGAACAACCGACUUUGCAGACUACAGAGCGUAGCUUUGUCACGCGCAAGUGGGCCACGGUCCCCAGGCAUUUAGAGAAUUCGGAGGUCGAGUUUCUUGCUAAGAGACGACCGGGCUUGCCAUCAUUAUAUGGUGCCACGACCUCUGGUGCUAAUGGCGCUGAGAAUGGGUCUGCGCCAAUGAGGAGAACCCGCUUCAAGAAAGUUGACCCGACAAGUGGAAACAUCUCUAUCUACGAGGCCUGGGUGCCGGAAGGGCACAAGAUUGAAGGAGAAAUCACCGACGACUCUCAACUCGUACCAGAAAACAGCGAAACAAUUGUAACACCCGAGGCCCCUGCUCCUGGCACAGUUAUUGAAGGAGUUGGUGUGGUCAAUGCAGAAGGCGUGGUUGUGGCAGAUCCAGCCUCAGCGGCUGUCAUGACUCCUCCGAAGAGGCGCCCCCCACCUCCUAAACGUAAGGCGAAGGGCUUCGGUAAAGGAAGAAGGAAGAAGGUUAUGUUUGCUCCUGGUGAGGGAGCAGAUGCAAACGCCGUACAUGGAGCCGGCACUGGAGCUGUCGAUGGCACUGCCGAAACAGGUUAUGGUAAAGAGGGUUCGGAUAGGUCGCGGAUGUCAGUCGACCAGAAUGGGCAAGACGAAGAAGAAGAAGAUGGCGAGGAGGGCGAGGAAAGCGACGAGGGCGAUGAGUCAAUGCUAGAUGCUAAGACACCAGAGACACCGCUUCACCAACAAAGUGCAGAACCGACAACUGAUCCAACGUCUGGAUCUGUGGCGGAGCCGGUUCCUACUUCUACUGCACCCGCUACGGAAACCGUGGUUGCUUCACAACCACCAGCUCCAAACCCUCCAGCUGUUGCCUCAGAAUCACCUGCGCAAACACUCCCACAGCCACCUGCAGCACCCACUAUGCCAUUCGCACCACAACAGCCGUUCGAGCCUGUUCAGCCCAGCACUAAUCCACCAAGCUCUACUGUUCCUCCCGCAGAGCCAACUCGAGAAGUGACGCCUGCUGAGGAUGUGGAGAUGACCGGUGUCACCCCCGAGUUACCCGCUGUAGAUACCAAUGCUGCAUCCUUAACCCAGACAACACUGAAUACUCAGCAGCAGACAACUACAGAGAUCAUUGAAGCACAGACCGAGACAACCACGGUUGCAGUUCCCACACAACCUCAAGACAUCCCGCGGGUCAUUGCACCGGACACAUUCCCGCUCGUGAAGAGUGAAGAUCUAACUGAGAAACCAUUGGAGGGUCCUUCGAUGGGACAGACUGACUCGGUAUCCGAAGCAGGCGUCAAGGACGAGAAUGUGAAAUUGGAACCCCCAGCUAGCCUUCCACAGAUGCCGCCACCAGAACAAGCUCCUCAGCAAGAGCACCAGCCACAACAGACUACUCAGCCAGGACAAACUCCCCACCCACAACCGACCAAUCAAUUAGAAGACAUCCCUAAGUCAGAACAAACUGCCCAACCAGAACAAGCUUCCCAGUCGGAACAGAUUCCCAAACUAGAGCUAGCUCCGAAUCCCGAUCCAGCUUUACAGCAGCUCGCCGCCCAGCCAGCUAGUGAUACUGUGGAAAACAAUGAAUCCAGUCUCUUGGAUAGUUUAGAAGCAAGUUUAGGACAUGCUCCGGGCCCAGAGCAAGACAGUGAAGUCCAGUUCGGUGAGCAAACAGAAGCUUUAUCUGACCACAACACCGGCCAUACCAGUACGGAGACUGCCAGGCAACCUACAUCCAUGAUGGAAAUAGACGUUGACACCAUGGACCGGUCAACAGAGCCAACCUUGCAAACACCAGCGCCACAACCUGCAGAUCCCAUUGAGCCGGUGGCUGGCCAACCACCCAACCACGUCCCUGAAAUUGCUAUCGAAAAUAGCGCAGAGCAAGCUGCAGAGCUCCCCACGGAACAACAUAUGCAGCCCCUGGCAGAGACAUCGAUAGACCCAUCAAUAGAGUCUACUACUCAAGAAUUCGCGCAAACUUCUGUCGAGCAGCCGGCCGAACCUGCCGUGGAACCGACUGAGCCGAAAGCGACGGAGCCGGCCCCAGUACAGGUGGAAGAACUACUUGGAGAGCCCCAAGGAGUACAACAACCUGAAGCACAACCAGAACCGACUCCACAGCAGAGCUCAGCACAGGAAACAGAACCUGCUCCAGCUAGUACUGCAGAACCACCUGCAGCGUCACUCCCAGAACUACCGCAAGAAAUACCCAUCGAGCAGGUUCCACAGCCCACGGAGCAAGCAGUAGCGCAACCUUCCCCGGAAGCAUCAGUGAAGCCGCCAAUGGAACAAAUAGACGAGCGACCCGAUGCCUCUCUACCAGAGGCAACACAGCCUCCGCAGGAGGAUGACCCUGCGCCACCACGGCAAUCGGUUGAACCCCAGCCACCCCAGGCUGCUACUCCACCUGCACCAACCGCUACAGGAGAUGCCCAGCCUAGACCCCUUGAGACCAGUGAAAGCAGUGAAACCCACGAUUUCACUGCACCCAAUUUCUCUCCAAUAUCUGACCUGAAUCCUGAGCUUGAAAAGAAAGAGGAAACAGAAGCGCAGCUAAAAACAGGGGAGGCACGAGAACCAGCACCGCCGGGACCUGACAAUGUUCAAAACCCAUCGAACUAAUCUGCACAUAACAAAGUAUAUUCUGGCGGAGGUAAAAGAUCUGUUGACUAAACUAGGAUUUUUUUUUUUGACGAGGCGUAAAUCGGUGUACGGUGUUACAAUAUGUUGGGAAGGGGAUUUUGGACUUAAGGACCAGGCAUAUUUUGAUCCAUCGCAUAUUGUAUCAUAUGAGUAUUCAUAAGUCAUAACUUCGUAUAAAACCACACCACACCUCCCGUUCUCGCCCCCAAUGACAACCCGCAAAAUAGAGAGUCGCAGAUUGCAGCAGCCGAGAGCGAUUGAAAGCAAAUUAUGCUAUUUAAUACCGAGUAUAAGUUGUGAAGCGCAAUUGUAAACCAGCUACUCGUUAGAUGGGUGUAGAACAUGGAUAGGUACACACGUAUAUCCUCUCAACUAGUUUCUUCACUGAAUGGCUAUCUGCUAGCUAGGGUUGACUGUGACUCUUGAAAUAGGGUGAGCUUAGG